UAGGGAACAAUGUUUAUGUUGAAGAUCUCUGCCUUCCUCGUUGCCUAUGCCCUGGUUAUUUGCCAGAUGUACAGCUCACAUGCCGCCCCAGCCAGAACUGGUUUAGAGUCCAUGACAGACAGAGUCACGCUCACGGACUAUGAAGCUCGACGGUUACUAAAUGCCAUUGUUAAGGAGUUUCUCCAAAUGACCGCGGAGGAAUUGGAGCAGCAAGUGAAUGAUGGAAACAGCCAGGGCAGACCAAUGGUCAAGCGCUGCUCCAACCUCAGCACCUGUGUCCUGGGCAAACUGUCCCAGGAGCUGCACAAAUUACAAACAUUCCCCCGCACGGAUGUCGGUGCCGGCACGCCGGGCAAGAAACGCAGCCUGCCCGAGAACGAUCAUUAUGCAAGCUACGGAGAGGCAUUUGAUUCCAUCUAA